UUGCUGUCUGGGGCCGCUGUGUCGUGCAGAAGUCGUUCGUUGCGUUUAUUUGUUGUGUUGAAUGCGCUUGGUGUCAAAGAUAUCAUGAAAUCCAGGAAACCGAGGCCUGCAAAGCCGCACCUUAAACGGUCCCUUUUAAGUAGCCAGUUCCACAAUCGGAGGCUGGAGGAGGACCUGAUGUGGUCGAGCCAGGCUCGUGAGCGUGAGCGGCGCGAGAGCCGCCGCACGCGCGAGCGCCGCUCGCCGCCGCCGGCUGGUCCGCGCAUGCGCAUGGACCAGACGCGCCUGGAGAGCCGGCCUCGCCGCGAAGAGCGCCGCCGGCCCCAGCUCGACUCGGCCAUGCGCAACGCCCGCCGGCAGGGACAGAACAGCCUCUACUGGACCAAAAAGCUGCUCGACUUCGAGGAGCGCGAACCGGACAGGUGGGGCCACAGCGGGUUCCGGGAGCUGUACCUGGACCAGCCGUCGGCCGGCGGCGGCCGCUCGGCCCGCUCCCGCGAGCGCCAGAGCCGGGAGCGGCAGGAACGGCAGGAGCGGCCAGAGCGCGGCCGCCGCCAGUCCGGCGCGCCGGGCUCGGCUCGCCGGCCCCCGGAGCUGGUGGCGGCGGCGGCGCCGGCCGCUGCCGCCAGCGAGUCGGCCGAGUCGAGCUCGUCGAGCGGUGCCGAGGAGGCGGUGCGCACUAGCCUGUCGGAGCGUUUCGGUCGGCUGGCGCAGCUGAGCGUGCAGCGCGGUGCCGCCGAGCUGGUGCGCCUGCGCAUCGUCAAGGACGCCAACUCGUCGGACAAGAAGGUCAUUUUGGAGGAGGAGCCGGGCGGCGCGCGCGAGCGCAGCCAGGAGCGCGUCAGCUUCGAGAGCGAGUACCGCGAGUACUUCGGCCAGAAGCUGCGGCGCGCCGCCGUCACUGACGACCCGGGCGACCAGCUGCCGCGCCAGCUGCCGCGCGACUGGGAGACGGACGUCAGCGUGCGCUACCGCUACUACCGCGACGCCGGUUACUUCCGCGACCACAUGCUCACGCUGGAGGAGUACAUCAAGUGGGAGCAGUGGUGGUACCGCUACCGCGAGUGGCUGGCCAAGGAGGCGCGCCGGCCGCGAGUGGAGCGGCCGCCGCUGGAGACGGUGGCGCCCGUGCGCCGGCUGCGGCCGGUCGACUGGCCGGACCGGCGACGCCGCUUCUGAGGCUGUGCGGGCGUGUCGUCCACCCUCAGCCGAAGACGACGCCCGCGGGGUGUUGGCGACUUUGCAGGGGUCUCCCGGGGACGGGUGAUGCACGUAAGCGCCUGCUGUCUGGGCGUGUGCCGACCCGCUGUGAUGGAGCCUGAGCCCCGACGGUGGGCGGACCGCCGCGCGUGUCUGGUCCAGGCCCUGUUGAAUCUUAUGCGGUCUUUCCGCGCCUGCUGCGAAGGGCACACUAGCUGGCAACGACUUAGUCCAGCGUCUCUUAGUAGCCCAUCCUCAGUGACUAUGGGCUGUGGGACUCUGAUGCUGCCGGCAGCGCCCGUGCUCCAGCUGUGGAGCACCACCGCCGUCCUGCCCCUGUCCCGCUCUCGCGCAGCUUCCGACCCCACCAGAGUCGUAAUCGCGCCCUCUGUUGUUCCUGUGGUGCCCUGGAAGCACAAACCUGGGUGGUGCCGGCCCUGGGAGCUUCCUGUCGCGGUUUUAUGUAGCGCGCUGGCGGCCUGUUACAUGACCUGGGCCUUUGGAGGUGCCCGCGGACGGCGCUGCCUAAGCCGGCAAUCAGUUAAGAUGGUGCAUCUUUCGGGCAGUUUUUGUUGUCCGGAGUUGCCGGCUUUUAGCGUCAAUAACCUGACAUGCAGGUGUGCGCCAGUGGUAAUGUGAUGAUGUGAUGUACUCGCGUCUUGUGAUGUUUUUUUUUUAGAAUGUUUCUAUUUCUUCAUGCUUUUGUUUAGGCACACCACACCUUGCCAGACUUUUAGGUACGUAAAUAAUGGCAGAAACGAAUGGUGGGUCGUAAUGGAUCAUGUAUUUAACAUGAAAGUAAAGACCACAAUAAACCACUGAUAUGUGACA